AUGAUUUAUUCAUAUCAUGCAAGUGCAGGCAAUUAUCAUAGUCGAAUAGAUCUGGUAUUUGGUUCUGAUAUUAUAUACAAAAAUACACAUGAUAUUGGUUAUGUUCCAGUGGGCAUAUCAGAUCAUGACGCAUUAGUUUUAUCUAUUAAAAUACCACCAUUAACCGAUAAAAAUAUGCAUCGUAGAUGGAUAUGUAAUCCUAAUGUAAUUAAAAGGAAAUCCUUUUUAGAAAAAUUCCAUCGAGUAUGGAACAUUAUUAUCAACACAGCUGAUCUUAAUACAACUGAAUGGUGGAAGGAUUUUAAGACAAGCCUAAUUAUGAUAAUACAACAAGAAGAAAAAGAACUUAAUCGUGAAACUCGACGUGAAUUAGAUGGAUUAUCUAAAGAAUAUCGUUUUAGAGCAACUAAUCCAUCCAAUGAUGACUUAGCACAAUUAGAGAUUAUUAGACAAAAACUUCACGACGCAUUAACAGGAAAAUUCGUUAAUAGCAUUCCAAGUCAAGAUGAUCGUGAUUUUAAAUGUCUUAGUAAUUUAGCUAGAGUGAGAUUAGCACAUGGUAAAGCCAAUCAAUCUAGAAUUGCUUAUCUUACUCACCCAUCUAAAGGUCGUGUUGAAACAGAUAAUGGAAUGAUGGAAAUUUGUUGCAAUUACUAUCAAGAUUUAUAUAAUGUUAAACCAAUCGAUACAUAUUAUUGGAGCGAGUUAUUCGAAGAUAUAACAACACUCAAUCAAAAUGAUAUCGACUUACUUGAUCGUGAUAUAACAUCGGAUGAAUGUUACGAAGCCCUUAAAGCUAUGCAAUUAGGUCGAGUUCCAGGUGAUGAUGGUUUAACGAUUGAAUUAUGGAGAUUUAUUUUUCCAAUAAUAGGAGGAAUUAGACAAGGUUGCUCACUUUCUGGUUAUCUAUAUGUUAUGUGUUUAGAACCUUUGUUAAAUUUAAUAAGAAAAAAUCCCAAGAUACCCGGUGUUUUAGUUCCAGGUAGUCAAUAUAGAUCACUUGUUAAUACAAUUCUUCAAAACGAUGAAACAAAUAUUGUAAUUAAAACAUUAGCAUAUGCUGAUGAUGUAUGCACAUUUGUUUUUAAUAUCAAUGACGAAUUUGAAACUUAUGAACUGUUUAAAAAAUAUAGUUAUGCAUCAGGUGGUAAAACAAAUGAUACAAAAACAGUUAUCUUUUGGAUAAGUGACUGUCUGGAUCCUCCUCCUUUUAAUGCAAAAAUUGAAAGAGAGAAAUGUACUUUCCUGGGAAUACCAAUGGAUACUCAAGGCCAGUUACCACAUGAAGAAAUUGAUAAAAUGGUAAACAACAUCAAGAAAGAAAUAGGACUAUGGUCCUCAAUAAGACUAUCUUUAUGUGAAAGAGCAAGUAUUCUAAAAUGCUUUAUAAUUAGCAGAUUGGUAUAUUUGUUAUCAUCAAUGUUAAUUAAUAAAAAUGUAAU